UGGGCAGUGGAGGGAUGGCCACUCAGCUGCUGACCGAUGAGGCCCUGACUGGGAGACUAGACCUGAAAUGAAAGAGUCAGAUCCAAAGGAGGACAUUUCAGAACACAAACCAUCCAUUAGCGUUGCCACGGAAGGACCCACAAGGAACUGUGCCUGGGGUCCUGCUUUAGGAACAUGGAAGUUGAGCGGCCGGCUGGAGAGAUGGCGGGGAGCUGCAGGGGCUGGGCGGGAGCAGUUGGGACUUCCCCGUGGGAACAGACUCAGCAGGGAGUUAGUAUCCGCCUGUCAUGAGUUGAAGGCAUCGACCAACCAGAGCUCUACCCGGGUGCCACCAGGACUAGAAGAGCCCGCAGAGAAGGGGGCCUGUCUGUUUGUCAUGCACGGGAAGAACUUCUCCAGCACUUCAGGCCUCCACGAUCCCCCCACACCUUACUCAGAGAAGAAGUGCUACGAUUGCAGUGAGUGCGGCAAGGUGUUCAGCCGCAGCUCGUCGCUGAUAAAGCACCAGAGGAUUCACACAGGGGAGAAGCCCUUUGAGUGCAGCAUCUGCGGGAAGCACUUCAUCGAGCGCUCUUCCCUCACCAUCCACCAGCGGGUCCACACCGGCGAGAAGCCCUACGCGUGCGGGGACUGCGGCAAGGCCUUCAGCCAGCGCAUGAACCUCAUCGUGCACCAGCGCACGCACACGGGCGAGAAGCCCUACGUGUGUGAGGUGUGUGGCAAGGCCUUCCGCAAGACCUCGUCCCUCACCCAGCACGAGCGCAUCCACACCGGCGAGAAGCCCUACGCGUGCGGGGACUGCGGCAAGGCCUUCAGCCAGAACAUGCACCUCGUCGUGCACCAGCGCACGCACACCGGGGAGAAGCCGUACGUGUGCUCCGAGUGCGGGCGGGCCUUCAGCCAGAACAUGCACCUGACCGAGCACCAGCGCACGCACACCGGGGAGAAGCCCUACGCGUGCAAGGAGUGCGGCAAGGCCUUCAACAAGAGUUCCUCCCUCACGCUGCACCAGCGGAACCACACCGGGGAGAAGCCGUACGUGUGCAAUGAGUGCGGGAAGGCCUUCAGCCAGAGCUCCUACCUCAUCCAGCACCAGAGGUUCCACAUCGGGGUGAAGCCCUUCGAGUGCAACGAGUGCGGCAAAGCCUUCAGCAAGAACUCCUCCCUCACGCAGCACCAGCGGAUCCACACCGGCGAGAAGCCCUACGAGUGCUACAUCUGCAAGAAGCACUUCACCGGGCGCUCGUCCCUCAUCGUCCACCAGAUCGUGCACACCGGGGAGAAGCCCUACAAGUGCGGCGAGUGCGGCAAGGCCUUCAGCCAGAGCGCGUACCUCAUCGAGCACCAGAGGAUCCACACCGGGGAGAAGCCCUACAGGUGCGGCCAGUGCGGGAAGUCCUUCAUCAAGAACUCCUCGCUGACGGUCCACCAGAGGAUCCACACCGGGGAGAAGCCAUACAGGUGCGGCGAGUGCGGAAAGACCUUCAGUCGGAACACGAACCUGACGCGGCACCUGAGGAUUCACACCUGAGGGCGGCGGGGUCCUCCUCCUGGCGCUUCAGGACUGAUGCCAGAUGGGUGGGGUACUCCGUCCACGGGGUCAGUGUGAGAGGUUCCCCGGCUGGAGCACCUGGGAGACUCGGGGUCAGAGGAGGCUUAGGAAUGUGGGGAUUAUGGAAUCCUACGGCUCCCUUUCUACAGAGCAACAGAAAGCAAGCCCCUCAUAGUCUAACAUAUUUGGAGAUAUUUUAAGGUUCACCGUAGCUGAACCACGGUUGCAGGUUAUGGGAGCUCCAACACAGAGACACAGGACAUCAGGGUUCCAGACUCAGCUCUCUGAGUACAUUGCCAUGAGAGCUUGGACAGAUCACACAAUGCCCCAGGUUCCUCAAUAGUAAAGUGGAGGUGGCAGAGGGGAGGAGGAGCAGUAACUUGGAGUUGUAAUAUUCAACUAGAAAGUAUGAACAAAUUAAGUAAGGACCCCAUGUCCCUGAUGUCGGGUGGGCAUCAGGUUGGGUUUGAUCCAGGCACUCAUCAUCAGAGCCACAGCUCUGGUUCAACAGAUGGACAUUGGGACAUUUCUCCCUUUGUAAUAUACAUCCUAGAGUCCAGAUGUCAGUUUGUCACCAUCUAUGAGUUUCCUCAGUGGGUUAAGAGUGGGAGGGGCUUUCUGUCCUUCCCCCAUCCCAACUCCCCUCCCCACUGCAGUCUCCCUGGAGUAUGUACUGGAAGCCACCAAGCUAGUAAGCAGUAGAAGUUUGCAAGUUGUUUGUGAAGGGGAAAAAGCUGUUUUUUUCAGAGUGAGCAAGUCACAAUAACUACUGCUUUGAAUGCCAAAGUUUCUUAGAGUGGUCUGUUACAUUUAAAAAAAUAAAUAAAGCUUUUAAUUAAGGGA